UGUGAGUCUCUUUUUUUUUAAAACUAUUUUGGGAGAGGGGAGUAUUAAAUUUACCAAAAUACAAUUCCAAAUUUUCAUUUUUCCAUUCUCAUUUUGUCUAUCCCACUCUCGGUCUGAGACACCACAGAGGAAAAUGCUCGAACGGUUCUUGGGUCCGCGGCGGGCGUGGCGUGUCCGGCGACAUCUCCGUCACUGUAAGUUAACGCUCCUCUGCCUCGUUCUCACCGUCGUCGUCCUCCGCGGAACCAUCGGCGCCGGAAAGUUCGGUACUCCAGAGCAGGACUUGAAGAACAUUCGAGAUACAUUCAACCAUUACCGCAAGCGGACCGAGCCGCGCCGCUUUCUCGAAGAAUCCUCCGGCCGCGUCUCGGCCACUAACAGUUACAAUGGAUUCGACGUGACUAGUGUUAUGGUCGACGAAGACGACGGCGAGGCGGAACCGGUCCGUGAUCCGGCCGUUCCGUACAGUCUAGGGCCGAAGAUUAGCAAUUGGGAUCGGCAGAGGGGUCUGUGGCUGAGGAGAAAUCGAGGUUUCCCCAAUUUCCACAGGCGCAAUAAACCUAGGGUUAUGUUGGUUACCGGGUCAUCCCCGAAACCCUGUGAGAAUCCGAUUGGGGAUCAUUACUUGUUAAAGGCUAUCAAGAACAAGAUUGAUUAUUGCAGGUUACAUGGGAUUGAGAUUUUCUACAAUUUGGCCCUGCUCGAUUCUGAAAUGUCCGGGUUUUGGGCAAAACUGCCAUUGAUUAGGAAGCUCAUGCUGUCCCACCCCGAGGUCGAGUUCUUCUGGUGGAUGGACAGUGAUGCCAUGUUCACAGACAUGGCAUUUGAGCUGCCAUGGGAGAAGUACAAAGAGUCCAAUCUGAUCAUCCACGGUUGGGAUCAUAUGGUGUAUGGAGACAGGAAUUGGAUCGGAUUGAACACCGGUAGCUUUCUGCUGAGAAAUUGCCAGUGGUCAUUAGACAUUCUUGAUGAACUGGCCCCUAUGGGACCUAAGGGGAAGGUCAGGGAGGAGGCAGGGAAAAUGCUGACCAGGGAGCUCAAGGGCAGACCGGUUUUCGAAGCUGAUGAUCAGUCUGCAAUGGUGUAUCUGCUGGUGACCCAGAAGGAAAAGUGGGCACCCAAGGUGUACCUGGAGAGCACCUUCUACUUGCACGGCUACUGGGGGAUUUUGGUGGACAAGUAUGAAGAUCUGAUGGAAACCUACCACCCUGGUUUCGGCGAUCAAAGGUGGCCUCUGGUGACACACUUUGUGGGUUGCAAGCCAUGUCUGAAGUUUGGGGACUAUCCGGUGGAGAGGUGCUUGAAGCAGAUGGACCGCGCGUUCAACUUUGGGGACAACCAGAUUCUGCAGAUGUAUGGGUUCAUCCACAAGGAUCUCUCAAGCAAGCGAGUGAAGAGGAUUCGCAAUGAGUCUAGCAAUCCUCUUGAAAUAAGAGACGAAUACGGGCUGCUUCACCCUUCGUCUAAAGCUGUCAAGGUAUAGCUAGCCCUCUUAACAAGAGUGCAAUCAAUCCACAGAUUGGAGUGACCUACAGAUAGAGGUAGGGAU